UGGCUUUCUAUCACACUCUUUGCACUGAUUGAUGCUGCUUGCUUUCAGGGUUUUCUUGCUGAGGGGUUGGAAAAGACAUCAGCUGGUUUAGGCAGUGUAAUUAUUGAUUCACAGCCUCUGACAGUGGCUAUUCUUGCUGCACUGUUAUUUGGGGAGUCUAUUGGAUUAGUAGGAGCUGCAGGGCUUGUACUUGGGGUAAUAGGUCUUUUGCUUCUUGAGGUGCCUGCACUGAAGUUUGAUGAGACUAAUUUUUCUCAUUUGAGGGAAAGUGGGGAGUGGUGGAUGCUUCUUGCUGCACAAAGCAUGGCAAUUGGCACAGUAAUGUUUCGUUGGGUUUCCAAGUACUCUGAUCCCAUCAUGGCUACUGGAUUGCACAUGGUUAUUGGUGGCCUCCCUUUGGCCGCUAUCUCCGUGAUUAAUCACGAUCCUGCCCUUGAUGGGAGUUUGGGGGAGCUUACUUCAAACGACGUUUUGGCACUGCUGUAUACAUCAGUGUUUGGAAGUGCCUUGAGCUAUGGUGUUUACUUCUACAAUGCAACAUCAGGCAGCCUUACAAAGCUCAGCUCACUUACCUUUUUGACUCCCAUGUUUGCAUCAGUAUUUGGAUUUGUUGUGUGUGUGAUCAGGUUCAUAUAUCUUGGUGAGACCUUCACGCCUCUUCAAUUGGUUGGCGCACUGGUAACACUGGGAGCAAUUUACAUGGUUAACUAUAAAAGCAUGGGUGAAGCAUGAAAUGUUUUUAGAUUACUGCACAGGGAUUCACCUACAAAUGUUUGCACCCUUGGAGAGUACCAGAGCAGAUUGUUUUUCAUUUUUGUUAAAAGAGAAUAUAUACAUGUUUAACAUAACAUGUGAAACAUGUGAUAAACUGUAAUGAAAUGUAAAGUAGUGUAAUCAGAUAUAUUUUGAGUGCAAACUUAUUGUUCCAAACAUUACCUACUUACUGACGCAUUCAGGCAUACAUAUAU